AUUUGUUAUAACUGUUUGAUGCCUGAGAGAAAAAUCGAGAUUUAUAUAUAUAUUAUCAUUAGACAGGUCCCUACAGGAACAUUAACUCUUCGACUCUCCUCGUGAGGUAACGACCUCGUAUGACUAUAUCUCUACCUGACAUAUGGUAUCUCUGGAGAGGAGGCUGCUUAAAUGGCUUUCCUUUACAAGAAAAUGCCGCUAUUGACAGCAGCGUGCAGUCGAUGGAGAGUAAUAAUAACUUUUCUCAAUGGUCAACGUAGAUGGCUUACAAGCUCACAAGUAGAUCAUCAUAGUUUAUAUUGGCCGUGUUCAAAUUUUGGGCUAGAAAUCAGAACUUUAGUGGAAAGCAAAAGCAAAGAAAAAUUCAAUUCUUUGUGUUGCAUGACUACUUAUUCUCAUUUUCAAAGUUUAGCUGAUCUGCAAGUCUUGUCCUCAAAGAAAAAUAAAACAGCACACUGUUGUUUUUGGCAGCAUGAGAUUUCAAAGAAUAGUUGGCAUCAGGCUUAUGAAUACAAGAGAAAAGGAAUCCUGCAGAACAGUAGAAUUGGAGACCUGUUGUUCAAGUCCAAUCACCAAUUCCAUUCAUUGACAUCACUCUGUGCUGUGGAUAAAAGUCCUGAGCCUCUUGUAAAACAAGAGGAUCUACAUGAGCUAACAAGGCAACUUUUGGAAGAGACCAGCAAACUUGAUGUGAUGAUCAAAUCAGUACCUAUCGUACGAGCUGAGCAGGUUGUUUUAAAUCUGCAUAACUGUGGCUUCAAUCCUGAAGAAAUUUUUUCCAUCAUUGCAGGGCAUCCAAAGUACUUCACUUCCAACAAACUUGUUCCCUGUAUCCACAGUCUGUUGAACCAGGGCCUGCUUAAAGUCCAUGUGGUGGCAAUAGUUCAGAAUUUUGAUCCCAUAAUCUCUCUGAAUGUAAAAAAAAUUGAGGAUGUCAUCAAUAUUUUUCGAUCAUUUGGGUUUUAUGAGAAGUCCUUCUCUCACAUCCUGGCUGCUUGUCCAGCUGUGUUUCUCCUUGAAGAAAAAGCCAUCAGUCAAAAAAUUCAGAUGGUGAAGGGAUUAUUUACUAACACAGAUGCAGUGAGAGUUUUGAGAUCCUGUCCUAAUAUUUUACUGGAUGAGUGGGCAGAUGUUCAAGCCAAGUUUGACUAUGUCUUCCAUACAAUGAAGGUGUCACAAAAACAAAUGAUGUAUGCUUCUUUGUUCAAUCACUCUCUUCAGCAUGUCAAGAACAGACACAUGUUUCUUGUCCAUGCUGGGUUUUUUGACAUGAGUAAGAUAAGGGAAAAUGAAAAAAGUUCCAAUGAUUCUCUGGACAAGAUCAUUGACACAACAGAGGAAGAUUUUUGCCGCAGAUUUGGUGGAUUCAGUGUAGAGGAAUAUAGAACAUUUUGUAAACUGAAUGAAAAGAAGCAUUUGAUGGAUCCUGAUGAAGAGAUGUGAGGACAUGUAUUUAUGUUAUGCAUUGUUCAGCAUUUGUACAGGGAAAAUAGUAAAGAAAUAAAACUGUGAAAAGUCAGA